AUGGAUAUUGAUCUGGCACUUCGUGAGGACAUGCCACCUGUCCCCACAGAGAAAACUACGCCAGAGGAGAAAAAGUUGUAUGAGAGGUGGAAGCGGUCAAACCGCUUAAGUCUUUUACUCAUACAAAGUCAUUUCUCCAUAAAGAUAAGGGGUUCAAUUCCUGAUUGCAAAACUGCAAAAGAAUUCUUAACAGCAGUAGAAGAGCAAUUUGUGAGUUCAAAGAAAGCCCUAGCCAGCACCUUAAUAUCAAGGUUUGCUUCCUUGAAGUAUAAUGAUAAUGGUGGCAUACGCGAGCACAUUAUGGAAUUACGUGACAUCGCUACCCAAUUAAAAUCAUUGGAAGUAGACAUGUCAGAGAUUUUUCUUGUAUACUUUGUUCUUAAUUCUCUGCCUAUGGAAUAUGCACCAUUUAAGAUCUCAUACAACACACAUACAGAAAAAUGGACUAUGAAUCAACUUCUAGCCAUGUGUGUUGAUGAAGAACAGAGAAUAAAACAAGAGAGGCUAGAGAGUGUUUAUCUCACCUCUCAUAAGGAAAAAGAACAUAAAGAGGUCGGCGGUACCGGUCAUCAUAUUCCUAUCGAGCCCGCAGCGGCUGCGGCUCCCCAUGGCCGCCAUGGCCACCGCGGGCGGAGGAAAGGGAGGAUUCGGCCGCCAUGGCCUGCGGCCCGCCGCUAA